AUGGCAAAGCAGCAGCGCGCCGGUGGCGCGGACCGCCUGAGCGCGCUCCCGGACGACAUGUUGACCCACAUCCUCUCGCAUCUCUGCUCCGACCAGGCCGUCCGGACCAGCGCGCUCUCCCGCCGCUGGCGCCACGUCUUCACCGCCGUCCCCGUCGUCGACAUUGUAGGCGCCCCUCAGAUGACUUGUCCCGUCAGCAUCAACCAUAUGGUCAGCGGGGUGCUCCUCAGCCGCGACAGCACCGCGCCUAUCCGCUCCUUCCGCGUCGCCGGAUUCCGCGACGACCGUCCCUCAGCCUCUGCGAUCUUGCAGUGGAUCGUCACCGCCUUGUUCGCCAGCGCGGAGACUCUCGACCUGACGAUGGGAGAUCAGCCAAUCUGCCCUAAUGCCAGCACUUUCUACCAAAGCACGGCAGCAGAUUUCGCCCGGCAAAAUUUCUGCACCAUGCCUCGCCGCCUGUUCACCCGGUCCGCCGCGCUGCGCCACCUGCGGCUCGGCAACUGCGAGCUCGAUCUGCCGGAGCCUGAGCGCGAACAGUCGCUCUCCCUCGACACGCUGGAGACGCUGUCGCUCAAGAGGAUCAACGCGCCGGACCACGCGCUGCAGCACCUCAUCGCUGCCUGCCCUCGCCUUACCGAGCUGACGAUAGAAGAGUGUCCCACGAUGAAACACAUCUCGGUGGCACUCCCCCUCCUCCGGGCUUUCACCUUGCGAUGUUGCCACGACGCCGAUCACGUGUUGGUCGACGCGCCGUCGCUCCGGUACCUCGGGUACAACGGCACCGUAGCGGGCGCCUACGUGCUGGCAUUUUCGACCUGGGGCCAGAUCCAUACGUUGGCCGUCGACAUCUGCGCCGCCGUCCAGGCCAACGACUCCGACAAGAACCGGCGGUUCAGGGAGUUUGUGGAGCGAUGCACCAAUCUUACGACCCUUCACCUGUCCCAGCAUGACAAACCACCCUUCUAUCCCUACCGUGCCCCGCAGACAUUGUCGGGGCUCGCACAGCUGGAGUUCAGUGGCCCGUUCCACAUCGCCGCACUCGUUAACAUCCUCCAAAAUACGAACAACCUCCAGGUUCUGACACUGGUCAUUGACCUACUCGAUGGUGACGACGAAGCAUCAACUGCUGCGCCUAAAAGACUCGUGGCAUCCGCUGUCGAGUGCUUCCAAUGCUCGCUAAGGAGGAUCCAUCUGGUGAAGUACAAUGGGCAAGACGUGCAGAGACGGCUCGCAAUGUUUCUGCUGAGAGAGGCCGUGCGCACCGACGAGCUACAAGUUACCUUUGGUCGGAGCGUCGGAGAAGGAUCUGAAACUGAAACUCUUCUGGUGAGUGAGAUGGUGUCGUGGCAACAAAAUCUACGAACAAAUAUAAUGUUUAGGCAUGAAUGA